AGAAGGACUGAAGCUCGUACCUUGUUCACGUGACACAUUUCUUGUGUCGGGUCCACCUGCAGUGGAGAUGUCCCAUCCAUGUGUGUAGGAGAGAUAACAAGGGUGCUGAGAGCUGCCCCAGCCUCUGCAUAAGCUUAAAUCAUCUCAGAAGGACAAGGUCCGCCAGUUUAUGGCGUUUACUCAGGCUGGGGAAAGGACUGCUAUAUACUGCUUGAUGCAGAAUGAAUGGAAGCUAGAAGUGGCAACAGACAACUACUUCCAGAAUCCAGAUUUGUACUACAAAGAAUCCAUGAAGAAUUCAGUAGACAGGAAGAAAUUAGAACAGCUGUAUAAUCGAUACAAAGACCCACAAGAUGAAAAUAAAAUUGGCAUUGAUGGAAUACAACAGUUCUGUGACGAUUUAAGCCUGGACCCUGCCAGUAUCAGUGUUCUGGUCGUAGCGUGGAAAUUCAGGGCGGCUACUCAGUGUGAAUUCAGUAAAAAGGAAUUUGUAGAUGGCAUGACAGAGCUGGGGUGUGACUCCACAGAAAAACUAAAAGCUCUAUUGCCACGACUGGAACAAGAACUGAAGGAUCCAACAAAGUUCAAAGAUUUUUAUCAGUUUACUUUUAACUUUGCAAAAAAUCCUGGACAAAAAGGUCUAGAUCUAGAAAUGGCAAUUGCAUACUGGAAUUUAGUCUUGUCAGGAAGGUUUAAAUUUCUAGAUCUUUGGAAUAAAUUCUUGUUGGAACAUCAUAAAAGAUCAAUUCCAAAAGAUACUUGGAAUCUUCUGUUAGACUUUGGAAAUAUGAUUGCAGAUGAUAUGUCCAACUAUGAUGAAGAAGGAGCAUGGCCUGUUCUUAUAGAUGAUUUUGUGGAAUAUGCACGACCGGUAGUCACAGGAGGAAAGCGUAAAACUUCCUAACCGCAGACUCAUCAACGUGGACUAAAUGCACAGUCUGAACUGCAUUAGGUAAUGAAGAUUUGUUGGCUGAUAGCUGUGCACAUUGUUGCUGGUUUCAGUGGUCAUGGUGAGAUUCCAGAGACAAAAUGGAAAUUCUUCCUUUCUGCCUAACGAAAAUGAUGGUUGAGUUGUGGACGUUUCGUGAACAAGCUCAGAAGAUGGUCCAGGCUGAUUGCAGGCUAUUGGCUUCAAUUAUUGUACUGGUUGUAUCAUAUAGGAUGUAGAUUUUGCAUGAUUUUAUACUUUGGAGAAGUUUAACUAGAGGCCAUUUUAUUAUUGAAGUUUUGACAGCACAGCAUGCCAUUGAGUUCAUGAUCCAAAGUGAACACCAGCAGUCAAAUAAAGAGAACUGUAUUAUAUUGUACCUAUAUUAAAGGCAGUAUUUGUGGUAUAUAAAUUAAAUCCCUAAAUAAAACUUAUGCAGUAUGUUGUGUUUUUAUAAAAGUUAGCUCUGUGGAUGUCUUAAAGAGAAUUGUAAAAAACAUGCUGUUUUAUAUUUGUAUUUAUAUUUGUAAGCCUUAGCUACAGAGAUUGAUCACAUCCAGCCUUUUAUCUUCCACUGAGGCUGACUUCAUCACUGUGUUCUUGAAGUGCUUGCACAUGCAUUGCUGAGAAGGAGCUGCUUUUCUAUCCUGUGUUGUGACUUCAGGUUUUUGUUCACCAUUUUAAAGUUGACUUUGUGCAACCAAAGAUGCUUUUAUAAUUCACCUUUGAUAUCAUUAUUCAGCUAGUCUUUACGUAUUUUUUUAAUUUGAAAUAAUGGAGUGGUAGAAUAUAACUUGUAGCCUGAAACAUCAUCAAUUCUAGCAAGAUUCAACAACUUGGGAAUGCAGUUCCUGACACAUCUAGAAUGUAGGCAUGCAUACGCCUGGGCGCUUCAGUAGUUGGCUUCUACUUUGGAAAUAGUUAGAAGUAAAGAAACUUCACAUUAAUGAUGAUAGUCUUUGGAUAUUUUGUAUAUUCAGUAAUGUUUAUGUGAGGGGGGGAAAAAAAUAGCAUCACUGAUCUCAAGGCUAGUCGAAUUGGAUCUGAAUGUGUUUUUCUCCCCUCUCAGUAGCUAUCUAUUAUAAAGUGCAUAAAUGUCAAUAUCCUUCUUCCCAAUGUCUUCCAAUGCUUAAGCACAAGGCUUUUUACACAGGGCUCUUCCAAA